GAAGCGUCACGGGUGUAGCAGUACCGCCAUUUCACUUUUCAUUCAUUGGCGUCGAGGCCUACAUCAUUUAGUAGGAUACAUAGAGCUUCAUCAUGGUGAAAAUUUUUAUUGGCAACCUUGCCUGCAACACUACACCGGAGGAACUGCGCGAACUCUUCGAAAAGUACGGUAAAGUCUCAGAAUGUGACAUUGUCAAAAACUAUGGUUUUGUGCACAUGAACAGCAUAUCUGAAGCAGAGGAGGCCAUUAAAAACCUCCACCAGCACCAGCUGCACGGCUGGCGCAUGAAUGUGGAGAUCAGCAAAGGGAGGCCCAAGUCCACCACCAAGCUGCAUGUCAGCAACCUUGGUGAAGGGGUCAACAGUGAAGUCCUGCGGGGCAAGUUUGAGGAGUUCGGCACAGUAGUGGAGUGUGAUAUAGUGAAGGACUUCGCCUUUGUUCACAUGGAGAGAAUGGAAGAUGCCAUGGAUGCCAUCAAUAAGCUGGACAACACAGCCUUUAAAGGCAAGCUGAUGAGCGUACAGCUGUCCACCAGUCGGCUUCGCACUGCCCCAGGAAUGGGAGAUCAUACUGGCUGCUAUGUCUGCGGGAAACAUGGUCACUGGUCGAAAGACUGUCCAGUCGGUCGCAACGGUAGCCACAGUGACGACAUGAGAGGUCGCAGCGGCCGGGCCAACCUACGCAGUCCCCUGGGUUAUGGCAGGGGCAGCUACCAGAUGGCCAGUCCUCCAUCAACUGAUUACAUGGGCGCCUCUGCGUAUAGUCGGGCUAGUUACGUAGGUGGGUUGCCGCCUCCCCCACGUAGGCUUAGUUAUGGCUCUGAGCUGGGGGAUCGCUACGGCAGCAGAGCAGCAGGCUCCUAUGCUGAGAGGUCAUCAGCUUAUGAUCGUGACCGUCUCUAUAGCAGUGUUGACUAUUAUGAGAAGUACAGAGCUCGCCCUUAUGGCUCAAGUUAUUUCGAGGAUCGUCGCAUGUCCUAUCUCCCCCCUCCCCCACCUCCCUCUUCCUCCCUCUCAAAGCUCUCCUCCAGUAUAGAUCCAUAUGACCGUCGGCCGCUGCCUCCGCCGACAUCGGCUGCUGCAGCCGCCGCAUACUACGCACGAGACCGCAGCCCCAUCAGACGAGUACCAGUCUCCUCAGCAGGCUACUCUUAUGAGCGAACACGGCUGUCACCGGUGUCUUCCUCCAGGAGCUCUUACCCCGCUCCACGACCCAAGGAUCAUUACACGCCACGCUAUACGCCUUACUAAAGCCAUGGUGCCAAGGUCUGUUUGUGAAUUGCAGGACUUCUCCCUUGCCGUCAUUUCUUCAGGCUUCACGAUUCCAUCAGUCAGCGUGAUGUACAGCAAAGCAAAAUGUAUGAGACGCAGACACUCUGGAUGGAAGUGGCGUUGGCAUCUUUUAAGGUGCCAGUGGCCUGCAGACGAAUUGUUCUUAUAGUCACAUUCACAUAAUCUAUUUUCAAUAAGGAUGAUUUUCAAACUACACUGUUUGACAUUUACAAUGUAUAAAACUUUUCUCACUCGCUCCGCAGAUUUUCAGCUCAGUUUUCAAGAGGUCCUUCUUUUUCCUAACCUGUGUUUCUUCCUCACAUUAAGCAAAUAGUUAAAUUCAGCACAAGUGAAUUGUCUGGUUUAUGUUAAUGUCAUUUGAAAGAAAUGUUCUUGUUACAUCAUUAUGAACAUUUACCUAGCGUAUUUUGUUGAAUGGUGGAGGGUUCAACUCACAGUUAAACUGAGUUUUUUUAGUGUAGUAGAAUCAUUUCCUGCUCCUCAACACACACACACACACACACACACACACACACACACACACACACACACACACACCUGACAUGUUCCAAGUCUGUUAUAUGGAUGUGGAUAGUGGAUAAAGACUGUUGUAUAGUGUUGGGUGGGAAAGAGUCCACAGAAUAAUUAAUCCAUGCCCAUGAAACUGACUUGGUUGAGGCUUGAUAAGUUAUAGAAUCACACUUUGCGUUGGAAUCUUAAGUUAAGAAAAAAAAACCUUGUCUCAAACAUUCCAGCCUCUCAUUUAUCUAAUUUGAAUGUCUACAAAACAUAAAAUAGCUGAAUUUUAUAACACAUGGUGAGGUGAUCUGAAGUCGGUAAUUAAAGUGUCUUUGAGUGACGCACAUCUUGUAGUUAAGUAACAUCAUGACUCUGUUUACUCUUCAGACUUUGCCUUCAGCUGACAACAGAGAAUAACCUCUCAUGUCUAUUUUUUUGAUUUUUUGUUUUGGGUGAAUGUUGAUUGUGAAAAUGAACAUAAAACAGCAUAAGCAGAUACAGAAAUGUGAGGCAAGGACUCAGGGUUUGAGCUGUAUGUCUAAAGGCACUUGUAUUUUUGUUGAAGGUGCCUUUUGUUUGUUUUGCAUAUAGGUGGAUUUGAAGUUUGUAUUUUUCAUACUGUAAAAAUACCAGCAUACAUUAAGCAUCUAAAAUAAAUAUGAUUUUUAAUAAA